AUGAACAGUCGUGUCCAGUUCCAGAGCGCAGUGCGGUGCAGUGGUGUGAUCCUGGCAGGCGCGUACAUGCAUGCAGGAGGUGGUGCGGCGGGUUUCGGAUGGUUGAAACAUCGGUGGUGGGUGAUUCACUUGUCCCUCCCACCUCCCUCCCUACCUCCUUGCUCCCUCCCUCCUCUCUCCCUUCCACCACUACCUCUCGCCACUUCUCCCACUCCUCUGCUCCAUUCCCCUCCCUUGCCACCUCUCCCACUCCUCCGCCUCGUUCAACACCACGCCUGCCUCCCACCUGUUGCGAUUCCCAGCGUCAAAGUGUAUGGACAGCACGCCUCUUCCCCUCUCAUGCUCAGCGGGGAUGGAUUUUCAGUGGACUCAACAGUCAUCCUCCCUCCCUCUCCUCGCUCCCUCCAUCCCACCUCUCUCACUCCUUUCCCCCAAUCCCCACUGCGCAUGCAUCCCUGCCUCUGCCCCGUUUCCCACCAUGCCUCCACCUCCCUCCCCCCACCUCCCCCUCGCCACCUCUUCGAUCCUCUGCCCCAUUCCCCACCAUGCCUCCCGCCUUUUCCUUCCACCUCUUCCUCUCGCCCCCCCCUCACCACCUCUCCCACUCCUCUCCCCCAAUUCCCACCAUUCAUUCUUCCCAUAACAGGGCCUGCAACCCGUCGCGAUUCCCGGUGUCAGUGUUCAACUUUUAGUGAGCCACAAUACGUGCUCCUGGAUCUGCCAAUGCGUGUUGCCUGCAUUCCUCUGCCCCAUUCCCCACCAUCCAUGCUUCUCUGA